AAUUAGAUUAAUGAUGUUAUGGUGAUAGAUGGAAGGUUUAGAUCCAGUCAGAAGAGAAUUACUUGAAGCACGCAUAAAUGGCAUAGGAUGCAAGAAUAUCCAACAGCCAUUUGAAAGCCCUACUUACAAUUUCAUGAAUGGAAAUAAUGCAAGUUCUGGAAGUGAUUCUUUUGAAACUACUUCGGCACAACCACCUGCAUCACCAACUUCUAACUUUGAAAAAUCUUGCACACCCCCUCCUCCUAAAGGUAGAAAAAGAAAAGUUACAACAUCUGAAUACAAGGAAGUUUCACAAAAACCAACUCGCCAGAUCAAUGAUUCCAGUGGUAUUGGAACUUAUUUUGGAAAGAAGGACAUACUUACUAGCCCUAUAAGAGUUCCUAUGGGAAUUACAAAUGCCCGCAAUUCACCAACUCCUAGUCAUUCAAAUAUUGAUACUGCAGUCACAAGUCGUGGUACUCAAACUGAUAAUUUGCCAACAGAUGCUAAUGUUACAGGAUCAUCUGUAAAACAGCCGGACAAUAGCAAAAUUGUUGAUAGUGGAAAUUUGGAAGAAUUAAGGAGAGAAAUAAGCCGUCUCGAACAACAAGCAAAUGGAUUGCUUGCAAAUGAAAAAAAAAUGAAAGAAAAGAAUGAAAGAAGUGUGGAGCUUAUUAAAGAAUUUUUAAUAAGUCAAACAAUUGAUCAAAAAAAAAGAUGCAGAGAACACACAAUGGCUAACAGAUUAAGAUUAGGUCAAUUUAAUACAGUGAGGCAGGCUGCAUCAUUUGUGGAACAAUGGAAUGAUGGAUAUGCUUUUAUAGAAAUAAACAAAAAACUCUCAGACAUUAUGCAACAAAAAGAAGAACUUGAUAAAUUUAAAAAGAAUCUCCAGAAGCGAAAACCUUCUGAAAAACCAGAAAAAAAAGAAAAAAAAGCAAAGCUUUCUGAAGGAUUUGUUGUACCUGGUGCACCCGCAAGCAACUUGUCUCUUUCUGAUUAUCACGAGCAGGAUGAAAUUCUACGCCUACGUGUGAAUGCUAUCAAGAAAGAAGAGCAAGAAGUCCAACAAGAAUUAGAAAAACUUGAGCGAGAAAGAAAUGUGCAUAUACGAGAAUUGAAACGGAUAAACAAUGAAGAUCAAUCAAGGUUUAAUCAUCACCCAAUAUUACACGAUCGUUAUCUUUUAUUGCAAAUGAUUGGUAAAGGUGGCUUCAGUGAGGUUUAUAAGGGAUUUGAUUUAAAAGAACUACACUAUAUAGCAUGUAAAGUUCAUCAACUAAACAACGAUUGGAAAGAAGAUAAAAAAGCCAAUUAUAUAAAACAUGCAGUUAGAGAAUAUACUAUUCAUCGAUCGUUAAACCACCAUAGAAUUGUUCGACUUCAAGAUGUCUUUGAAAUUGAUUCCAAUAGCUUUGUUACAGUGCUAGAAUAUUGUGAUGGUAAUGACCUUGACUUUAUUCUAAAGCAACAUAAAACAAUACCUGAAAAAGAGGCUCGAGUUGUAAUGAUGCAGGUUGUCAGUGCAUUAAAAUACCUUAAUGAACGCAAACCUCCUGUUAUUCAUUAUGAUCUUAAACCAGGUAAUAUUCUUCUUGGAAGUGGUAUGGCAAGUUGGGAUGUAAAAUUAACAGAUUUCGGGCUAAGUAAAAUACUACCUGAAGAUACUGAAUCAGAUAGUAUUGAUUUAACUUCCCAAGGGGCUGGUACUUAUUGGUAUUUACCUCCAGAAUGUUUUCUUGUCGGAAAAGCACCUCCAAAAAUAUCAUCAAAGGUUGACGUUUGGUCAGUCGGAAUUAUUUUUUAUCAAGCUUUAUAUGGUCGCAAGCCUUUUGGUCAUAACCUUUCUCAAGCAAGCAUACUAGAACAAAAUACAAUACUCAAAGCUACAAAUAUUGACUUUCCAAGUAAACCAACUGUUAGCCAAGAAGCGAAGAACUUUAUUCGAAAAUGUUUAACUUAUAAAAAGGACGAUCGUGUCGACGUAUUUCAGCUUGCAGAAGAUCCGUACCUUAAAGCUAAAAAAUCUCAAGCUGAAGCUAAAAAACUUGAACAAUUAGGUUCGGGAAGUUUGACCUCGAUUAGCAUUCCUCGCCCCUUGUCAUCAAAUAGUUGUGAGGGGCCUUCAAUAUCAAAUUAAUCUUUAUCAAAUGUUGGUUAGUGAACUGUAAGAUUGUAUGGGACAUCGAUGGUUUUUUUGCAACUUCGUAUCCAGUCCGGAAUUAUCUCCAGUAUUGAAAAUGAAAUUUUCUUGAUAAUCUCGUAGAGUAGCAACAAAUACCGUUCAAGAAUGAAUUGGUCACAUUGUUAAAAACAUUUAGAAAAAAUUCAAAUUAGAAUGAAUAGCGUUCUUCAAAUGUCA